CAAAGAAAAAAAAAAUUCUUUUCUUCCCCUUUUCCAUCAUAUACAGAAAAUCAAAAAACAUAUUUAUUUUUCAAUAUCUUCAUUGUCUAUCUUCACCUAUCUGAAAAUUAUAAAGCACACUACUUGUACCUCGAUCAAUCGAAACUUUACAAUGAGGCCAUCAUCAUUUUCCCUUGUUGUUAUUCUAAUUAUUUCCUUCUUACUUUCGUGGCCAUCUUCAUUGAAUGCUGCGGUCAACUGCAACGCUAUAGCCAAAUCAUUUAAACCUUGCAUGGAUUGGGUAACGACGGGCCACAAGAAAGCCGCGGUGCCUCCAAAGGCUUGUUGCAAUGAAAUGCAUAAACUUAAUAACAUGGGGAUAGAUUAUGACGCAGAAAUAGCUAUUUGUGAAUGUGUCAAGUCUGAAAUGCAAGAUCCGAGCAUCGAUAAAAAAGUAGCUGACAAACUUACUUGGCGUUGUGGAGUCCUCUUGUCCUUCCCUACCGUCCCAAAAGUCAAUUGUUCUGAGAUAAACGCUACAAAUACCAGGGGUAUGAAUCAAGAUACAAAUUGAGCCUUGGAGUGAUCUGAUCUCGAGGACUUGAAUCCGAAAAAUGGAUUUUUUUCAAUCUUCUAAACCUCUUCUUUUUGAAAAAAUAACAUGUAAUAUUAUUACAAAUAGAGUUUAGUAUACCCUUUGAUUUGUCUAGGACAUAUAAUUCCAAGGCAAUCAUUCUCAAAAUAGAAAUUAAAUGAGGAGGAUCCUAACAUACUGUAUUGAGCUUCCAAAAACAUGAAAUAUUUGGCUAGGACAACUAUGUAUUCCUUCGUUGGAACUAUGUAUUUCUUGUAAAAUAUCCAAUAACCUUUGUGUGUUUGGCUAUUUGAAAUUUUUAUUUUUA